UGAUCGCCACCAUGAGGAACGUGGGCAGGAGCGCUGCACUCGCGGCCGCGGCGGGGCCGGCGCUGGGCAGGACCCUGGAGAUCAAACAGCUCGAUGUGUGCGACGAGAGCUCCAUCCGCGCCUGCCUCGACAGCAUCCCCGGGAGACACGUCGAUGUCCUGGUCAGCAACGCCGGGGUGGGCAUGGCAGGACCCCUGGAGUGCCAGAGCCUGGCAGCCAUGCAGAGCCUCAUGGACACCAACUUCUUCGGCCUCGUCCGCCUGGUCAAGGAGGUUCUGCCCGACAUGAAGCGACGCCGCGGGGGCCACAUCGUCGUCAUCAGCAGCAUCAUGGGCCUGCAGGGCAUCGUCUUCAACGACAUCUACUCGGCCUCCAAGUUCGCGGUGGAGGGUUUCUGCGAGAGCCUGGUGGUGCAGGCGCUGCGCUUCAACGUGGCGAUCAGCCUGGUGGAGCCGGGGCCGGUGAUGACGGAGUUUGAGACGAAGCUGUACGAGGAAGCCGAACGCGCUGACUACUCCCGGACUGACCCCGAGACGGCCGAGAUCUUCACCAAACUCUACCUGAAGAACUCCAGGGACGUGUUUGCGGCUGUGGGCAGGACGAGGACAGCCUGUGCCCACAUGCAGCACACGCUGCGGGUGAUCGAGGCGGCACAGCCUCCCUUCCGGCACCAGACCAACGUGGCCUACACGCCGAUGGCAGCGCUGAAACACGCCGACCCCAGCGGGGCCCUGGUCACCGACGCCUUCUACAAACUGGUGUUCAAGUACGACGCGGUGCUGCGCCUGGGGCUGAGAGCCAUCCGCCUGCUGCGUUGGAAGGCACAGAAGGUCAAGGCAGGCGUGCCGCUCCCGGGCUUCAAAAAGGCCCCCCCGUUUUUUUU